AUGUGGCAGGGAAUCGUGUGGAGCUUGACUUUCUGCCUCGUCGGAUUGGCUGGUUUCGGCCUCGCCAACAAUCUCGCCGGCUACGAAGGCUACACUAAAUACACAGUCCAACAUGGCGAUGAGAACGCGUUCCGCUACAUGGUCGACCUGCAGACGAAUGAUGCGGAGUUGGACUUUUGGCUGCUGACCAGAAACUCCUCCGUGCUGACAGUUAGUCCUAAAAGGAAGUCCCAGUUCGAGGCACGCCUGUCAAGUCUGGGAGUCAGCUAUGAGAUGCAGCCGCUGAUGGAACUGAUGGCUGCCCUCCAAGCAAAUAGUUCUUAUGCCGAGGAUAGCUACGAUGGGGAAUACGAAGAGUGUCAGCAGGAGGAUUGCUCAGAGGCAGAGCAACCACGUCGUAGGACCCGUCGUCAGGCUCGCGGCUUCUUCUCGCACUAUCCACGUUACCAUGAGGUUCUGAGCUUCAUGAGCGGACUGGCCUCCAGAUAUCCACAGUACUGUCGCUACGAAUCUCUGGGUCGUUCCAAUGAGGGACGUCAUAUUGCUGCUCUCUCCAUUUCCCUAAACAAUCGGGUACGUCAUCGUCGAGUGGCCUACAUCCAGGCAGCCACCCAUGGAAGGGAGUGGAUCACCACACAGACGGUUCUCUACUUGGCCUACGAACUGCUGACCAAUCUGAGGGCGUUUACGAGGGUCCUACAGGAUGUGGAGAUCUUUCUGGUGCCACUUGUCAAUCCCGAUGGCUAUGAAUACACCCACACCACGGAUCGUUUCUGGCGCAAGAACCGUCAUCGUUACGCUGGUCAUGCCUGCUCCGGUGUGGAUAUCAAUCGUAACUUUGGUAACCAUUGGAACUACCAGGGAGCCAGCCAAAACCUCUGCUCGGAGGUUUACUCGGGUACAGCGCCCAAUUCGGAGCCAGAGACCUCGGCCGUGGUGCGAUAUCUGGAAUUCAAUCGAAACCGUGUGAAACUCAGCCUGGAUGUUCACUCAUUUGGCAAAUUCAUUUUUUAUCCCUACGGCUAUGCGAAAAACACCGUCCCACCCACCGUAGGAACUCUGCGUUCGGUGGCUCUGAGGGCCGCCAACCAGAUCGGCAGAUACCGCGGCACCCGCUACACCACCGGAACCUCGGCCUCCAUAUUGUACGAGGCCUCCGGCAGUUUGGACGACUUUGCCUAUGGCAACCUGGGAAUUCCACUGUCCUACACGCUCGAGCUGCCCGGUGAUGAGUUCCACGUGCCCGCCCACGACAUCAUCCACGUCUGCAAGGAGACAUUCGCCGGCUUCAUCGAGUUCAUCCGGCAUGUCAGCCUCUACUAGUAAACUUUCCUAAACUUUUUAAGCAACUGAAUUUAUUGUUUGUUAAAAUUAAAAUAAUUAGUGACCUCGUUGUUAAGCAUUAAAGUGAAGAAUUUUGAACAAAAAAUGUUCA